GCCGCGGCAGCUGCGUCCCCAUGAGGAGGGGAGGAAGAUGCCGGCUGAGCUGCUGCUGCUGCUGAUUGUCGCCUUUGCCAGCCCCAGCUGCCAGGUGCUCUCAUCACUGCGCAUGGCUGCAAUCCUGGAUGAUCAGACGGUGUGUGGCCGUGGUGAGCGUCUGGCCCUGGCCCUGGCCCGGGAGCAGAUCAACGGGAUCAUCGAGGUCCCAGCCAAGGCCCGAGUGGAAGUGGACAUCUUUGAGCUGCAGCGGGACAGCCAGUACGAGACCACGGACACCAUGUGUCAGAUCCUGCCUAAGGGGGUCGUGUCUGUCCUGGGGCCUUCCUCCAGCCCUGCAUCUGCUUCCACCGUGAGCCAUAUCUGUGGGGAGAAGGAGAUCCCCCACAUCAAGGUGGGUCCCGAGGAGACGCCUCGCCUCCAGUACCUUCGUUUUGCAUCUGUCAGCCUGUACCCCAGUAACGAGGAUGUCAGCCUGGCGGUCUCCCGAAUCCUCAAGUCCUUCAACUACCCCUCGGCCAGCCUCAUCUGCGCCAAGGCCGAGUGCCUGUUGCGGUUGGAGGAGCUGGUUCGAGGCUUCCUCAUCUCCAAGGAGACGCUGUCAGUGAGGAUGCUGGAUGACAGCCGGGACCCCACGCCGCUGCUCAAGGAGAUCCGUGAUGACAAGGUGUCCACCAUUAUCAUCGACGCCAAUGCCUCCAUCUCCCACCUCAUCCUCCGUAAGGCCUCAGAGCUAGGCAUGAUCUCAGCAUUUUACAAGUACAUCCUCACCACCAUGGACUUCCCCAUCCUGCACCUGGACGGGAUCGUGGAGGACUCCUCCAACAUCCUGGGCUUCUCCAUGUUCAACACCUCGCACCCCUUCUACCCCGAGUUUGUGCGCAGCCUCAACAUGUCCUGGAGAGAGAACUGCGAAGCCAGCACCUACCCGGGCCCUGCGCUGUCGGCUGCCCUGAUGUUUGAUGCCGUGCAUGUGGUGGUGAGUGCCGUCCGGGAGCUGAACCGCAGCCAGGAGAUCGGUGUGAAGCCACUGGCCUGUACGUCGGCCAACAUUUGGCCCCACGGGACCAGCCUCAUGAACUACCUGCGCAUGGUAGAGUAUGACGGGCUGACCGGGCGGGUCGAAUUCAACAGCAAAGGUCAAAGGACCAACUACACCCUGCGCAUCCUAGAGAAGUCCCGGCAGGGCCACCGUGAGAUCGGGGUGUGGUACUCUAACCGGACCCUGGCCAUGAACGCCACCACCCUGGACAUCAACCUGUCGCAGACGCUGACCAACAAGACGCUGGUGGUCACGACCAUUUUGGAAAACCCAUACGUCAUGCGCCGGCCCAACUUCCAGGGCCUGUCGGGAAAUGAGCGCUUUGAGGGCUUCUGCGUGGACAUGCUGCGGGAGCUGGCUGAGCUGCUGCGCUUCCGCUACCGCCUGCGGCUGGUGGAGGACGGGCUGUACGGGGCACCCGAGCCCAACGGCUCCUGGACGGGCAUGGUCGGCGAGCUCAUCAACCGGAAGGCAGACCUGGCUGUGGCUGCAUUCACCAUCACAGCGGAGCGGGAAAAGGUCAUCGACUUCUCCAAACCCUUCAUGACCCUGGGGAUCAGCAUCCUCUAUCGAGUGCACAUGGGGCGCAAGCCUGGCUACUUCUCCUUCCUGGACCCCUUCUCCCCUGCUGUGUGGCUCUUCAUGCUUCUUGCCUACCUGGCCGUCAGCUGCAUCCUGUUCCUGGCUGCCAGGCUGAGCCCCUACGAGUGGUAUAACCCACACCCAUGCCUGCGGGCGCGCCCCCACAUCCUAGAGAACCAGUACACGCUGGGCAACAGCCUCUGGUUCCCCGUCGGGGGCUUCAUGCAGCAGGGCUCAGAGAUCAUGCCCCGGGCGCUGUCCACUCGCUGCGUCAGCGGAGUUUGGUGGGCCUUCACCUUGAUCAUCAUCUCCUCCUACACCGCCAACCUGGCCGCCUUCCUCACCGUGCAGCGCAUGGAGGUGCCUGUGGAGUCGGCUGACGACCUGGCAGACCAGACCAACAUUGAGUAUGGCACCAUCCACGCUGGCUCCACCAUGACCUUCUUCCAGAAUUCACGGUACCAGACGUACCAGCGCAUGUGGAACUACAUGCAGUCGAAGCAGCCCAGCGUGUUUGUCAAGAGCACAGAGGAGGGCAUUGCCCGCGUCCUCAACUCUCGCUAUGCCUUCCUGCUCGAGUCCACCAUGAACGAGUACCACCGGCGCCUCAACUGCAACCUCACCCAGAUUGGGGGCCUCCUUGACACCAAGGGCUACGGCAUCGGCAUGCCGCUAGGCUCGCCGUUCCGGGACGAGAUCACACUGGCCAUCCUGCAGCUCCAAGAGAACAACCGGCUGGAGAUCCUGAAGCGCAAGUGGUGGGAGGGGAGCCGGUGUCCCAAGGAGGAGGACCGUCGCGCUAAAGGUCUGGGCAUGGAGAACAUUGGCGGCAUCUUUGUUGUGCUUAUCUGUGGCCUCAUCAUUGCUGUCUUCGUGGCCGUCAUGGAGUUUAUAUGGUCCACGCGGAGGUCAGCAGAGUCCGAAGAGGUGAGGAGGUUGGCAAAGGGGUCCGUGGGCCCGGAAAUGGUGCAGGAGCUGCGGCACGCCGGGUCCUGGCGCAAAGCGUCCCGUUUCCCCCGGGGCCCGACCCGGGCCCUGCUCUCGCUGCGCGCCGUCCGCGAGAUGCGCCUCAGCAACGGCAAGCUCUACUCGGCCGGCGCGGGCGGGGACGCGGGCGGCGCGCACGGGGGCCCUCAACGCCUCCUGGACGACCCAGGGCCGCCAGGCGGGUCCCGGCCCCUCGCCUCCACCCCCUGCACCCACGUGCGCGUCUGCCAGGAGUGCCGGCGCAUCCAGGCGCUGCGGACGUCCGGGACCGGCGCGCCCCCGCGUGGCCUGGGCGCCCCUGCCGAGGCCGCCAGUCCGCCCCGGCCGCGACCUGGCCCGCGAGAGCUCACCGAGCACGAGUGACCACGGGCAGGGCCUUGCAGGCGCAGGGACGGGCCCGCCCCAGGCUCUGGCCGCCCAGCCUCCCCUGCGAUCGAAGAACUGGACUUGUGCCCUGGCGGCCGGUCGCCACGAUUUUGCCUUGGGUUCCGGGUAAAGUGCGAGCCCGCUCCGGAGCCGGCCUGCGCCCCCUAUUGGAGUCGCCAGAGUGUGCGGCGGCCCCCGCACUCUGCCCCCGACUGCGGACAGGAGGAGCGCAGGAACUGAGAACUCCAGGGGCCGGGACUAUGGGCUUAUCCCCGGAAGCGGGAAGCAGUCUGCCAGGAAAACCCUGUCCUGGGACUGCUCAGGCUCCCAAGACUUGACGCAGCUCCCCACUUCUGGAGGAGGGCCUCUGGGCAGAUGGGUGUCCCCUGGCGCCCCUCGCCUCUUUUUUUCUCUCUUUUUUGGGGGGAGAAACUUCGGAAUUUCUAUGAGACACCCCCAAGGGAGCGGGUCAGUUGGGCCCUCAUCCCUCCCCCUGCCACACCCCAGUCCCGUUGGAAUAAAAAAAGAACAAAACCCCCAAA